AUGGCGUCGCCGGCUUCGGCGCCCGCGGCUUCGGCGCGCGUGCAUCGCGUCGUGCGACCCGCUCGGAGUCCCACGCGACCGCGCGCGCGCGUCGCCCCGCGCGCGCGAGCCGCGUCAUCGUCGAGCUCGGACCGUGAUGGCGCCGCGGCGAAGGAAGGUCCCGUCGUCGUCGCCGUGGUCACCACCGCGUCGUGCCCCCACUGCCGCCGCGCCAAGGCCGCCAUCGCCGCCGCCGGCAUCGCCUUCGAGGAGAUCGACGCGUCCGCACCCGACGGCGUCGUCCUAGACGCCGCGAGAAAACUCUCGGGGAUGCGAACCGUGCCGCAGGUGUUCGUGGGGGGCGUCUGCUAUGGAGGAGCGGACGACGUGGAGGCGGGCAUCGCGGACGGGGACUUUCCCGCGGCGGUGGCAUCGGCGGCGGCAUCGCGCGCGAGUGAGGAGGAGGGGGGCGGCGCGGCGGCGGGCGCGGACGAGGGACCCGUGCCGCGGGCGAUACGCGCGGCGGUGAGCGAAGCGAACGGGGCGGCGCCCGAGACGGGUUCGACCAUCGUCGCCGACCAAAUCCAAAACCAAAACCAAAUCCAAAACCAAAAUGACGACGAGGAGUACGAGAGGCUGUCGCGGCUGUGCGCACAGAUGGCGGCGACGAUCGCGCCGAGGGACGCGUGGACGUUCGCGGGGUUCCCGGCGUGGCCGCCGUUCGUCAAGGAACGCGCGGUCGUGACCGGCGCCGACAUCGUCGCGUGGCUGGACCAAAAUCAAACAAAAGGAGAAACGGCCGACGCCGUAGCCAACGCCAUGCUCGAUCGCGGCUUGGUCGCCGCGACGGGCCGCCGGGGAAACGGAUUCGACGCGGCCGGCGGCGACGACGCGCCGUGGCGCGCGGCGCUGUUCAGGCUGAGCGACCACGCGUGCGAGCCCGUGGGGUGGCCGAACGCGACGACGGGCGCGAUAAACGCGCGGCGGCGCUGGCGGGGUUCGACCCGGCGACCCGCUCGUUUGGUCGCGAGCGACCUUCGCGCUCGGAUACUGUCCAUGUACGACGAGCACCUCUCCCCCGACGGCACGUUCGUGGACUACGCGGCGAUGGCCGAGUCCCCCGCGUUUGAAGCGUACGUCGACGCGACGGCGGAGCUUCAGACGGUGGACUUGCGAGAGCUAAAAAGAGACGAGAAGAUCGCGUUCUUUAUCAACGUCUACAACGCCAUGAUCGUGCACGUGACGUGCGCGGUGGGACCCCCCAACGCGGGGUUUUUCGACAAACUCACGUUCUUCGACAGGUUCCGGUACGACAUCGGCGGCGUGCAGUGGUCGUGCGACGACAUCGAGCACGGCGCGUUGCGGGGAAACAGGCCGGGCGCGGCUUCGAUUGGAGCGAUCAUCGGUAACCCACGGCUAUCGCCCGGCCCCUUUGCGCCGAACGACCCGAGGCGCGCGCACUGCGUGCUUCCCAUGGACCCUCGCGUGCACUUCGCGCUGGUGUGCGGCGCGAGAUCGUGCCCGCCGAUUCGCACGUACACCGCGGCUAAUUUGGACGCGCAGUUGGCGGCGGCGGCGGAGUCGUUUGUGGACGGCGACUUGGAAUGCGUGAACGCCGACGCCGGGACGUUUCGAUGCUCGAAGAUCAUCGGUGAGUGGUACGCGGAGGAUUUUGGCGCGGACGACGCGACACGGCUGCGGAGGGUGGCGGGGUACCUGCCGCGCGGGUGCGCGAAGAGGGAGACGAUCGAGGCGGCGUUGGCGAGGGGCGGGGUGAAGCUGGUCACGGCCGAGUACGACUGGACGCUCAACGGAAAAAGCGUGUGA